ACAAACUUUUUACUCCGGGAGCGGGUGGGGUGGCCGCGCGGCCCGGCCGGCAGGGUGGCGAGGGCGCAGCGCGCAGCUGGCAUGCCCGGCGCCCCUCGAGGGCAGCCGGUGUCCCCAACCCGGUACCGCGCGGGACCCGGGCCCACCUCGGUGGCCUCGGCUCCGACCUGUUGAAGGCUCUCGCCCCGGGCCGGGAGCCGGUGGGCAGAUCCCCCACGGCUGAUCUCGAGCCUCCGGUGGCUCGGCCUCCCUUCCUCGCCGCCCCCUCUCCCUCUCCUCGCGGUCAUUUUCCUAAUUGGACGGAGCUGUGGGGCGUGAUCGUCGGCGUCAGACGGAGGAGCCCCCCGAAUCGGGUGGUCUUCCUUCCACGACUCUCAGAUCCCCACCGAGCCGGCCUCGGUCCCCCCCCCCCCCCCCAGCUGCGGACUUGCUAACUCGUGCGUAGCGGGUUGCCGGUUUUCUUUUCUUUUUUUUUUCAACUUGCCUUUUAAGAUGACUUUUAUGGUCCCUGCAACUGCUUCCCUCCAGUCUAAACUGUAGUUUGGGAAGAUUUAAGAGGCCAGGGAGGUGCUUGUGUGGGCUUUAACUAAUCCAAAACGGUCAUUAAUGUAUCUCUACGCCCUGCGAGAUGGUUCCGACCAGCCAAGCAGUAGCCUGGAUGUUGUUUUCAUCCGGACACUGCGGAGUUCCUUCACGGUCUUAGCGGCCAGCCUGCCAGUGAGGGGACACUUGACCUGCGGGCCCUGUGCCCUAUCUUCGAAGGGCACCCUGAGCCCCUUUCUUUCCGUUUACAAUGGAAACUCUCCGCCACUGUCCACCUGAAGACUUAACUAGUCCCUGUGGGUACCUCGGAAGCUCACAAAACUCCCCUACAGGUGUGCGGAGGACUUUGUGCUGUUGGGGGUCAUCCAGCCAGCUUUGACGCUGCCCUCUCAGCCUUGCUUUGUACGUCUCAUGUUCUUGGGAACCCUGUGCCUUCCUUGUGUACUUGCAGUCCUUGUUCAGAUGGAGAAACUGAGGCACAGAAGUGACCUUUUUGUAACCAAUUACAAGUGACUGAAGCGGACGAUCCUAGCCAAGGGAAGCCGGGCAUGGCGUCGGGGCUGACCGGAAAAAUGCCCUCGUAGCCAGACGCCGCAGGAUGGAGGGCUUCAUGGACUCAGGGACACAGACGGACGCUGUGGUGGUGCUGUCCUUGGCUCAGGCUGCUGUGCUGGGCCUGGUCUCAGAAAAUGAGCUCUUUGGAGCCACCAUAAGUGCUGAGGCCUUCUACCCAGACCUAGGGCCAGAACUGACUGGGACAGCCAUGGGGGAGCCAGAACCACCAGGGCCCGACAUCUAUCAGCUGUCCUGUAAUGGGCGGGCCCUGGAAGAGCCCCCAGAAGAGGAGGUGCUAGAGGUAGAGGCAGCCUUCGAGAAGCACACCCGGAGGAAGACCCGGCCCCCGGUGAGGCUGGUACCCAAGGUCAAGUUUGAGAAGGCAGAAGAGGAAGAGGAACAGGAGGUGUAUGAGGUGUCUGUGCCUGGUGAUGACAAAGACCCAGGCCCUGUAGAGGCCCCUGCUGAGGUGGCCAGCAGUGCCUGUGAGGCCCUGGUGCAGAGCAGUGCCGUCAAGAUGAUUGACCUCAGCGCCUUCAGCCGCAAGCCCCGGACACUCCGGCACUUGCCGAGAACUCCAAGGCCAGAGCUGGACAUGGCCUCAUUCGAUCCUCCCUUCCCGGAUCCAGCCCGGGAUGGCUUCCCCGAGCCCAGCAUGGCACUACCUGGACCAGAGACUUUGCCCACUGAAUGUAGUUUUGAGCCACCCCACCUGGCCCCCCUGAGCAACCCUGAGCCUCCCAACGUGACACCGCCGGAACUCGUCAAACCAGAGCAGGGCUUCGUGUGGCAGGAGCCCAGCGAGUUCGAGGCUGACACGGCAGGCUCCACAGUGGAGCGCCACAAGAAGGCACAACUGGACCGGCUGGACAUCAACGUGCAGAUCGAUGACUCCUACCUAGUGGAGGCGGGCGACCGCCAGAAACGCUGGCAGUGCCGCAUGUGCGAGAAGUCCUACACAUCUAAGUAUAAUCUGGUGACGCACAUCCUGGGCCACAACGGCAUCAAGCCACACUCGUGUCCCCACUGCAGCAAGCUCUUCAAGCAGCCCAGCCACCUGCAGACGCACCUGCUGACGCACCAGGGCACACGGCCCCACAAGUGUCAGGUGUGCCACAAGGCCUUCACUCAGACCAGCCACCUCAAACGCCACAUGCUGCUGCACUCGGAGGUGAAGCCCUACAGCUGUCACUUCUGUGGCCGCGGCUUCGCUUACCCAAGCGAGCUCAAGGCCCACGAGGUGAAGCACGAGAGUGGCCGCUGCCACGUCUGUGUCGAGUGCGGCCUAGACUUCUCCACCCUGACCCAGCUCAAGCGCCACCUGGCCUCCCACCAGGGCCCCACCCUCUACCAGUGCCUCGAGUGUGACAAGUCCUUCCACUACCGCAGCCAGCUACAGAACCACAUGCUCAAGCACCAGAACGUGCGGCCCUUCGUGUGCACUGAGUGUGGCAUGGAGUUCAGCCAGAUCCAUCACCUCAAGCAGCACUCCCUCACCCACAAGGGUGUGAAGGAGUUCAAGUGUGAGGUGUGUGGCCGGGAGUUCACCCUGCAGGCCAACAUGAAGCGCCACAUGUUGAUCCACACCAGCGUCCGGCCCUACCAGUGCCACAUCUGCUUCAAGACGUUUGUGCAGAAGCAAACCCUCAAGACCCACAUGAUUGUGCACUCGCCUGUGAAGCCCUUCAAGUGCAAGGUGUGCGGGAAAUCCUUCAACCGCAUGUACAACCUGCUGGGUCACAUGCACCUGCACGCAGGCAGCAAGCCAUUCAAGUGCCCGUACUGCUCCAGCAAGUUCAACCUCAAAGGGAACCUGAGCCGGCACAUGAAGGUCAAACACGGCGUCAUGGACAUCAGCCUGGACAGCCAAGACCCCAUGAUGGAGCUGGCAGGCCCUGACCCCUCUGAACUUGACAACCAUCAGGAGAUGGAAGACUUCGAGGAAAACUCCUAUACCUACAGCAGUGUGGACGGCAGCGCGGAGGCCAGCGCCCUCACUGAGCAGGCCAUGAAAGAGAUGGCCUACUACAAUGUGCUAUAGCAGGCCGCUGAGUGGGCGGGGAGGGCGCGGGGUGAGACCCACAUACUGAGGGCUGCCCCUCUGCAGCCCAGAACCAAGCUACUGUCCACUGCCCAGCCCCCUCCCCCCACCCUCAGUCAUUUGCACCAUUAGGGACCUUCAGACCAAAUGCAGACUGUACUACUGUCCUUGCAGGGAGCUGGGCGCCGGCCUAGGCAUCCCCGUGAGGGAAAGGUAACCAGGAGGUCCACAUCUGGUUCUCCUUGGCCUGCUGCUGUGCUUGGGCAGGGGAAAUACUAGUGAGGCCUCUUAAGGACACAGACUUAGAGUUCUUCUCCAAGCCACCUCAGGCAUAGAGGCGCUCUCCAGGAAGAGAAUGCUUGAGCCGGGUCUUGUCUCUCUUCUUCACCGACUCUGGCCUUUAAGGACAUAUGAGCUCCUGCACUGGCCGGCACUGCCCACCCCAACCCUGCUCAGACCCAAGAACCUCUUCCCUUCCCGUCACUCAAGAGCCAGGCAGGGCACUCUGCCUUCUACCUCCUGGGCCUCCCCUUGCUCCACACAGGCACGCAUGCGGUCCUAGCCCUGGUCCUGCCUGUGGGAGAGCCGGGAGUCCAGCCUCCAGAGCACCCUCCCAGCCAUCCUGCAGAGCUCCCCUGCCUCAGCCCCAUGGGAAAGAAUGUCCUGAAUAUGCAUUUCAACAACUCGCAUCCUGGUCUGUCCCCAGCUAAGGUGCCAUCAUCAGGGUCCUCAUGAAAGCAAAAUUUGGACAUGCCUUGCGUCUGGCAAACAUUAACAGAGAUAGGUGGAGGCCCCUUGAGCCAGUGGGGAGGAGCAGGGUGACACUUGUCUGGGACCAAGAGAGGCCGUCCUCGGGAAGCCAAGGGGGACCACCCGUGGGAAGAGGGGAACUAGAAUGGUUUUUGGUUUUGUUUUUUAUGAGCAAGCAGGCGUUGUGAGGACUGGGUGAGCAGAGGCCCAGCAGGCUCCCAAGGAAGAACAAAUAUUUAAUUGAAGACCAUAGGGAGGGAGGAAAAGAAUUCUGUUUUGAGCAAGUGAGGAUAUUUUGAAGGUAAUUUAUGUUUUCCUUUCCAACUCUCUUAUCUAUCAUCUUUGAUGGAGAAUGUUUUUGGUUUGUUGUUUUGUUUUGUUUUUUUUGUUUUUUUGGUUUUUUUUGUCUUUUUUUUUUUUUUUUUUUUUUUGGUUCGCCCAAGCCUCGGCUUUCUUUUGUGCUGUGUGUGCUUCCUGCUUCCCGAAUUUCCUAAAGCACCGAGGCCUGCGGGACCUGCCACAGCCCAGGUGUGUUGCUUGCCGGGAGCCUCGGAAGGCCAAGGCAGGUGGGAAGGGGAGGCAGAGAACCGCCCUGGCCUUCUCCAGCCAGCUGGCUCUCUUCCCCUGUCCACACUCCCCCAUCUCUGUCCCCCAGGUAGUGUCUAGCACAUUCAUAAGCCCUGCCCACAAAUCCCAAGGCCCCCCAAGGGGAGGAGCAGGCAGGGCUUACCCCAAAAAGGCAUAGAUGAAGCCACCAGCUUUGGCUGAGAAACCAAGAGUGGGAAACCAGCUGGGGCAGAGGGCACUGAUUUGCAGUGUGACUGCCCCCAAGCCUGUCCCUAAGUGAAACACCAAGCCAGGCCUCAGGGUGACUGUUCAGGACUGGGGGUGAGGGGGGACCCAGUGGCCCAAGUGUGGCUUCCCAUGGCUCCUGGCCUCCCAGGUGCCCGUCAUGAUGACCCUCAGGUGGCAGUGAUUAGGUGUCACUGUACGAGACAUUUAUUUCUCCUGCUGAGCAGAAGGCAUCACCCCUGCAAACUACCUCUUCCCACAAAGACUUUCUCCCCUGGUACCAAAAAGCACCCCGUACC